AUGGCUGAACGCGACAGGUCACGUUCCCCUGGAGACGACAGGCGGGUUCCUGCACCUAACAACCCGGCGCCUCCUGCUGCUCCCGUUGCGGCAGCUGAGCAGCCAGGAGACUCAGUCAGCGACAACAACGUUGUCACAGUUUGCUCCGAGACUUUCUGUUUCCGGCACGUGAAGGGCGUGCUGCUCCAGGAGGUUAAGGCAGCUUACAAGAAGCAUGCAGAUCGCAUGCAGAGCGUGCAGGGCGGAGUUUCCAACUUCGAAACUCUGCAACAAGACGUCAAGGAGUUCCAGCGGUCUGGUCAAGUACCCAAGUGGUGCAAAGCAAAAGAGGUCUUACCCCUCAAGCACCGGCUUCUACAGGAGGCUGGUUCUGACCUCCAAGUCACACCGCCAGACGGACAGACGAAGCCUGUCCGUCGGGAGCUCCUCCGAGAGUUCCCUUGGUUGGAGCACGUCUGGGCGAACCAUCGCCUUCCUGAGGACGCACCCGCCAAGGACCUUUUUGACACAGCUACAAAGGAGUGGGAGAAACUGCAGUUGUUCGGCCGCUACUACGUCGCCGCUAAGCAGCAGGAGUCCAGCCGGGAGGCUUUCACGCCCGGCGCCUUGAAGCGCGACUUAGACGAGCACCUCACCAAGUUGUUACAAGCCGUCUCCGAGCUCACAGGAGAGACGCUUGACACCCUGAGGCCCAAGUACCGCUUGGAACAGGAGGAGCUGCACUCUUUCGCCGAGUUGGUCCAGAAGACUUUGGCGACCCGUGCUGCAGCCGAGAGGAUGCGGCAAACACAGCAAACCGCAAAGCUCGAAGCCAAGCAACAGCAAGCCAAGGAGAAAGUCCAGGCAAUGGACUUGAACCAAGUUGUCGCUGCUUCCGUGACGCAGUCUUUGCUGCAAGUCCUUCCGACUUGUGGAGUCCGCGUUCCCAAGCGGCACGUUUUCCUGCAGGGCUUAUCUGCCACGCAACUGCAGCUACGGUUCGCUUGGCAGAUGUUGAAAGGCACUUCUUUCCACUUGCUCAACGAGUUCUUUGUCCAGUUGCCAACGCUGCAGCAACAAGUGGUGGUUUACAGCUCGCGAACGCGCGCUGUCGUCACAGAUGCAGCAGUACCCUGGCCAGUGACCUUGCUUCUUACUAUGCGGGGUCCGAAAUUCAUCUUCGGUGGUGUUACCCUUCCUCGUAAACCACGUGUUGUCAAAGCUCUGGCUGACAUGAUGAGGCGGAUACGUACCGCUCACAUGCUUGGCCUCGAUAGUGGCAACUUCAAUCCGCGUUUGUACUUUCCCAACCUGGAGUGGCAGCCGCUUCGCUGCCCUCCACGUGCGGAAGCUGCACUGGAUACCUUUAGCCGGGAGGUGUUGCAAAGGUUGGAUGACCAACAUGCGCAACAGGUGGGACGGAAGUCCCGUGGCAACUACUCUCCACUGGAUUGCCUAGGUUUUCAACUCCUACGACGCUCAGGGUGGAGUGCUGUCAAAUCGGACAAGGAUUCUUCAUUCGUAUUGCUCACCGUCGAAGACAGGCAGGCCGAAUUGUGCCGGCUUCUACACGACAGAGAGCACUUCGAGUUGGUUGCAGAAACACCUGCUGAGCUGUUUGCCUUGGAUGCGGCAGUUCUCCAAAGGUACAAGACUGCAGCCGAUGCUCUUCUGCAGUGUCGCGAGUGGUGUAACUUGGCUGCUGGGAAGGAGCGCCUGAAACGCUUCUUGUACCAGCGUGUUCAGUCAGGUUUUUCUUGCACUAGUCGUUUGGCGUUUAAUCUUAAAACGUAUAAAAGCCCCAUCGUGCCUAGAGAACUCGAAGGGUCCCAAAAGAACUAUCUCCAGCCUGCACAAAAGUUUGCAAGUGUGGUGCUGCGAGCACAGCUGCCUCGCAUUGCAAACUGGGUCAUGCAAGACAGUGCUGAAUUUGUCCGCCGAGCUGAAUCUGGUGAGUUCGUUGUGCCUCCUGGGUUUAGCCUUUACAGCGGUGACAUCAAACAGUUCUUCCCUUCGUGCAUCCACCGCGAGCUUCUCGAAGCACAAAGAGACCUACUCCGAACGACUGGCUAUUCAAACACUGCACAGAGAAGUUUCCUUCAAAUGGCCGAAGUCUUGCUUGCAUCACAAAUCGCCUACGCCCCUGAAGUGGAUGGGUUCUACCGCAGAACGAAAGGAGCCGCCAUGGGCGCCUCGCAUGCUGCAGAAGCUUGUGACGUCUAUGUGGCCCUGCGGCAUGACCAAUUAUUUGUCGGAACGGACAAGCCCGCUUGGAUCAGCUGGUUCGUUCGAUUCCGUGAUGAUUGUCUGUUCUGUGCGAACACAACACAUAUGACUCCGGACGCCACCAGACUGCUCCAACAUCGCUUUUCUGCCAUGGGCUCCAACCUGGUGUUGGAAAUCUCCCCGCUCAGCAGGGAGGGUGCUGUAUGGCUCGACUUGCUCAUCCGAGUGACGCCGUCUGGGAGGCUUAUGUUCUCCACCCACAUCAAACCUACGAACCUGGGCCACUACAUUACUGCAGACUCCUAUCACUCGAAGUGCACCUUGGGGACCUGGACCACUGCAGAGCUCCAGCGGUAUGCUCGGAACUCCACGUGUUGGCGCGAUGCUGUUGGACCAGUGGAGCGACUUCACAGCCGCCUUGUGGGGAGACUGUACAACAGGAGUCUACAGGAUAUGAUCGCCGUGACUUGGCAGAAGUGGCUUCAGAGAGAUUCUUUGCUUCGUUCCGCUCAGCCCGCACGCCACAGAUACACUGCUCUAGUGCUGCCUUAUCACAGAUGCUGGCAGCGAAUAGGUGUCUGGGGCUUACUGCGCUGGCUAGAACACGAGCUUGAGGAGGCAAACAUCCGCCAUCAUCCAUUCCGGAUGGCUUUUGCGAAUCCUUAUCCGCAUCUUUAUGUGAAAGUCCGGAACCUACACCGGACGUAA